CUGCUUACUUCAACCUCUGCACCUCUUUCGAGCUUCACCCAACACCCUCCAAUACCUUUCUAUAGGUACAUUCAUUCAAGAUGUCGAACUUCGAUCCAUCUAAGCUGCCUAACCUCAUAGGUCAUGUAAUCAUUGUGACAGGUGGACACUCAGGCCUCGGACUCGCAACCACGACCGAGCUAGCUCGCCAUGGAGCCAAGGUGUACAUGGCAUCUCGUUCGAGAGACAAAGUCCAAGCCGCAAUCAAGCUCUUGACAACGAACCAACCCGGUGCAGACGUUCAUUUUCUGCCUUGCGAUCUGGCCGAUCUCAAAAGUGUCAAGCGCAGCGCGGAGGAAUUCCUCAGAAGAGAAUCAAAGCUCCAUGUCUUGAUCAACAACGCUGGUGUCAUGUGCGUUCCGUACGGCGAAACUCCCCAAGGCUACGAAGUCCAGUUCCAGACAAACUACCUCGGCCACUACCUAUUCACGCGUCUCCUCCUUCCGCUGCUUCUCUCCACCGUCAAGAUCUCCCCUAAGGGUACCGUGAGAAUCGUGAAUGUAAGCAGUGACGACCACGCCAAGUUGGCUCCGAAAGAAGGAAUCGUCUUCUCCGAGAGCUGCAAAGGUCGACGCUUGAGCAGACGUGCGAGAUACGGCAUGAGUAAAUUGGCGAACGUUCUGCAUUCCAAGGAACUUGCGCUGCGCUAUGGAGACGAGAAGAACGGGUUGCUCGCGCUUAGCUUGCAUCCUGGAAUCUUCAAAUCAAACCCCACCCAAGGACCCCGCUCCGGCACGGCUCUCAACCGCAUCAUCAGACCCCUCGUCGAAUUCGGCGCGCCCGGUCCAGAGAAGGGCUGCUGGAACACCCUCUGGUGUGCCGCAAGCCCGGACGUCAAGCCAGGGGACAAUGGCGGUUAUUUCGUCCCCGUGGGGAAGAAGGGCAAAGCAAGUGCCGAUGCUCAGGAUGAGUACUUGUCCGAGCGCUUGUGGGAAUGGUCGCAGAUGGAGCUGGAUGAUGCGGGCUUCUUGUGAUCUGGUGUGGAAUGGCGGGGUGUACGAUAGGACCAGGGGAGUGUACGAUAGGAGAACGCAACGCGUCUGGCAUGAGAUCGCUGGUUCCGAGGAACUGGUUUGCAACUCCGGAUAGCGAGCUGCUAAGUAGACCAGAAU